GAAAAACACAAGUUGGUUGCUAGAUGCUAUGAGGACUUUAUUCGGCAGUCACCUCUGCAGCCUUGUAUUGUAUUCCAUGAUGGAGGGUACUGGCGAGAGAUUACAGUGAGGACUAAUGCAGCAGGAGAGCUCUAUGACCCAUUGCAGCCACCAGGAGUCUCCAUACCAGCUCCUUCAUGGGCAGCCACAUAUCCAUGAGGAAGUGUUGGGCUAUACGUUUCGUAUCUCUCCAGAUGCAUUCUUUCAAGUGAACAGGGCAGCAGCAGAGUGUCUCUAUCAGACUGUAGGGGAUCUCAGCCACACCACUAGAAGUGACACUCUACUGGAUGUCUGUUGUGGAACAGGUGCCAUUGGGAUAUCCAUGUCCUCCAGGGUGCAAAAAGUUAUUGGCAUUGAGAUUAUCGAACAGGCAGUGGAGGAUGCAAAAUAUAAUGCUUUGCUCAAUGCAGUGUCUAACUGUGAGUUUUUAGUUGGAAAAGCUGAAGUAGCUGUACCCAAACUCUUACCUUCUCUUGGGUCUGAGGGUGGACUCACUGCAGUGGUUAAUCCAUCCAGGGCGGGACUUCAUUAUCGAGUGAUCAGAGCCCUCCGUAACCACCCCACCAUUCACAGACUUGUAUACAUAUCUUGCAAACCGGGUGGAGAGGCAAUGAGAAACUUCCGAGACUUGUGCUGCAGCUCUGAGCAACAGAGGAAACUCACUGGAAAGCCAUUUGUACCCAAGGUAGCCAUCCCUGUGGACAUGUUUCCACAGACGCUGCACUGUGAACUGAUUCUUGUCUUUGAAAGAUAAGACUGGACAUACAACACUGAGAAUUAGCUUGGAUGAAACCUCCUGUCUAGCAUGGCAACUGUAACACUUUUAAACAUUACAGUAAAACUGUGCUGUAUACUUAUUUAUUCACAGACAAUAUUAAUUAUCACAGUUUAACAGGGUAGAGAAAUUACUAUUUAAAACCCUGCAUCCACAUUGCAGGAUUUACUUUUACAUAAGCUGUAAUAAAGUGUAUAGCUUAAAACUGUGAAUCACUGUUUUUGAAUAAAGUAAAAACACAAAGAUU